AAAAGUUCAUUAGCAAUUAUUAUUAGUGCAAAAUGUGGUUAAAUCAAUAUGUUGAUCAUCAUCAAGCUGAUGAUGGGUCACUUGAAGCACGAACCAUACCAUCAUCGAUAUCAAAUAGUAACAGAGUAUAUAAAUCUGGGGCAAUAUUCGAUACAAUCUUCAGCAGUAGCUCAGCAAAACGGUAUUAUAAUGGAACAUUAUUAUCAACAUCGCAUUCAACACGAAAAUCAUCAAAUGGAAUUAAUGGAGACCAUUCUACUACUGCCAACAAUGGACGCGGUGAGGCUGUGUACAGCGCAUCCGUUACGCUGACGGCUAGAAUGGCACCAGGAAGUGGUGAUACCUACGGAGACCAGGAACAACUUCCAGGCUCCCGAUGGAGUGGUAACACCGCAUGGUGGCGUAUCACUAGUGAACGACUUCCAUUAUUAGUUGGAAUUUUUGUUGGUGGAUUUUUAAUAUCAUUAAUAUUACUCGCUAUUAUUGUUUAUCGCUGUUGCAUAAUGCCGCGUGGUCACAAACAUUAUUGUGCGCGGAAAGGAGAGGAGCAGCCAGCGCCUCAGAUAUCUAGAUCGGCUGGCUUAUCACAUCCAAUAUAUCCAAGUCAUUCAGCCGUGUAUGUAGAUCCAAAAAAUGGGUCGUGGACAUACAAUAGUCGUUUAGUCAAUAAUCAAUCAACUCAAGCAGGUCCUUCAACUCAACAGGGCGCUGUUAAUACAAAUACAAUGCAUGUUCCUUGGCCGCAAGGUCAACGAUUAAAUACUUCGAAUUCGGGGAUGUCAACGGCAUCCUCACAACAAAAUUGGUGUCAUAGAUCUGAUAUGGUGCCAUCGGGUUCGUACAAUAUAUGGACACCACAAAUACAAGGGAUAUUAAAACGAGGAUCAGUUUCUGGAUCUGAUGGACGUUUAGCAAUUGCUGUUGGAGUGCAACAUACACCUGAUAUAAUUUGCUCAUCAACAACACGUUUACAUCAUCCUGGUAAUCAAGUUCCACGUUCAAGUAGCCAUCCUCAUGUGCCAUGUCCAAAUAGUGGAAGUGGUCCACAAUCAUUACCUACAUAUCCUCCAAACACCUCACCAUACAAUACAAACAAUUCAAAUAAUCAAAGUCAUACAACAAUUGAACGACGUCCAAGACCACACAGUCAACCGGUGGGCUCUUGUGAAAUCAUACAUCCGGAUCAAGAUGUUGUACAUAAACAAAUUGCAAUGAUGCCACAAAUAUGUGAAUUCUCUGCACAUCAAAUAUCACAAAACCAAUAUGCUUCAAGUAGCAUUUUGGAUGAAGUAGGAACUAAAGAAGACGAACCUUCAUCAGCAGAAGGUACAACAUUAAAAACAAGAUCACUUCCUGCAUGGGUCCGAUCUAAACCUCGGCCGUUAUCUACUGAAGACGAUUUAGCUGAAUUAUACGCUAAGGUAAACUUCAGUAAAAAACGUAAAAAUCGUAUGCGUAAUGAUGAAGCAGCGAUAAUUGCAUUAAGUAAAAGUCGUAGUCAAUUUUUACACACAAAUAAAGAUACUGAUUCAUUAGUGGACAAUGAAGCUGUGAUUGUUUAUGAUGAACGAACUGCUCUGUGA